CCUUUUAAAAUAUAAUACUAUUCUCAGUCUGUUUUUGACUAUUUUAUUUCUUAGUGAAUCACUUUGACUAUAUAAUUAUAUAUAAUCCUAAUGUCACCUUUAUUUUUUAGUGAAUUACUUUGACUAUAUAAUUCUAUAUAAUCUAAUGUCACCGGUUUUUGUCUGCCCCCCUACUUUUCUUUCCUAUAUAAUAAAGAAGUUCAUUUCCCACUUUGAGGCAACUCUGAAAUUCUCUUCUGAAUUUAGAGAUUCAGGAAAAAUAGUAUUGUGCUUUAGCUGGUGGCAAUAUGUCUGGUGCAAUGACAAAAACUGAUCAAAGGAGAAGAGCUCCAGUUUCAAAGGCUCCUUUUACAGUGGGUGAGCUCAAGAAGGCCAUUCCACCUCAUUGCUUUCAGCGAUCUCUUGUUCGCUCCUUCUACUAUGUUGUUAAGGAUAUCACGCUACUGUAUGUCUUCUCGUACAUAGCCAACACUUACUUCCACCUCCUUCCAUACCCAUACUAUUACCUAGCAUGGCCGAUUUACUGGAUCGCUCAAGGUAGUGUUUUAACUGGAAUAUGGGUCAUUGCCCAUGAAUGUACUCACCACGGAUUCAGUAAUUAUCAGUGGGUAGAUGACACUGUUGGUUUUAUCCUCUAUACAAUAAUUUUUGUGCCCUACUUUUCAUGGAAAUAUAGUCAUCGCCGUCAUCACUCCAACGCUGGUUCCCUUGAAUAUGAUGAAGUGUACGUGCCAAGGCUUAAAUCUGAACUAAGAUGGUUCUCCAAAUAUUUGAACAAUCUACCAGGACGAGUAUAUGCAUUUAUCACCACCCUCAAUGUUGGCUGGCAAUCUUACUUGAGCUUCAAUGCCUCUGGCAGGCAAUAUGAUAAAUUUACAAGUCACUAUAAUCCAUAUAGCCCGAUGUAUAAUGACCGUGAGAGGCUGGCUGUCUACAUCUCAGAUCUAGGUCUGCUUGCAUUUGCUUAUGUAUUGUAUCGCAUUGCUCUGGCACAAGGGUUAGUUUGGCUUGUAUGCAUGUACGGGGUACCUCUCCAAGUUCAGAACAUGCUUGUAGUACUACUCACUCUGUUGAACCACACUCACGCAUCAGUGCCACAUUAUGAUUCUUCCGAGUGGGAUUGGAUAAGAGGAGCUCUAUGUACGGUAGACAGAGACUUUGGUGUGCUGAAUCUGUUCUUCCAUGAUGUUACAAAUACUCAUGUUUUGCAUCAUCUAUUCACAACCAUACCACAUUACCAUGCAGUCGAGGCAACCAAAGCUGUCAAGCCAUUACUCGGAGAGUACUAUCAGUUUGAUGGUACCCCAUUUUAUAAAGCAAUAUGGAGAGAUUUAAACGACUGCAUCUAUGUGGAAAAACUUGAAGAAUACAAAGACCGAGGUAUCUUUUGGUAUAACAACAAACUCUAAAAGGGGAAUAUAAUCAGUUAAUUAUAACUUGCAAUUUGGUUAAAUGUUAAGCCUAAGUUUUGAGAAUAAGUAGUAUAGUUGUGCGAAUAAGUUGUGUUCUACUGUAAUCUUUUGUUUAAUCUUUAUUUUAUUGUAACUAUAUAUAAUCUAUAUCAUAGUUUCCACUUCUUUUUGUUA